CAUUGUUGGUGUAAAGAAGGAAAAAAAAAAAUGAAUAGCCACUCAGAAUCCAUGUGGGGUGUCGCACGGGCCGCGGUUCAGCAUCUCAGGCCAAAUACGGUCCUAGUCUUCGCCUCUCUACUUGUCUUCCCGGUGCUUCUUCUGGUGCGUUUCAUCUAUCCCAGCCGAGCGAAAGCAUCAAACACACGGUUGCUGCCGGGGCCGAAAGGUUACCCAUUGAUUGGCAACCUUCCUUUGAUCCCAAAAGAACAAUCAUGGCUGCAAUUCAAAGAGUGGGCGGACCAGUACGGUCCAAUAUAUCGAUUAAGCCUUGGAAGCCGGCAGCAUGUGGUCGUAUCAACAGAAAAGGUCGCCAAUGACCUCCUGCGAGAGCGGGGAAAUUAUUACUCGUCGAGAGAGCAAACGCCCAUGGCUGCAGAGCUGCUAUCAGACAACCUUCGACCUCUGCUUCUGCCAUACAAUGAUCGUUGGCGGCGUGGCCGGAAAUUCAUGCAUCAGCUCACCAUGCCUGCUGUGGCUGCUUCCUACGAGCCUGCCCAGCUGCUGGAGUCGACGCGCGCCGUCUACAACUUGCUACGAGACCCCGCAUCGUACCAGCAGGUCUUCGAGCAGUACUCGGCGGGGCUGAUCUUCCGUAUCGGCUACGGCAAGCGACUAGUGACGGGGAGAGAAGACGCACUGCUCCGCAUCAUGCAAGUCAACCGCAACCUGGAACGCAUCGCCUCCCCGGGCUCCUACCUCGUCGACACUAUCCCGGCGCUGAAGCACCUCCCCACAUGGCUCGCGCCGUUCAAGGCAGAGGCUGCCCGCCUCCACGACGAGGAGCUCUCCCUGUUCCGCGAGCUGGUCGAUGAGGUCCGGCAGAAUGUGCGCGAGGGAACGGCCCCGAUGUGCUUUGCGAGCCAGCUCGUGCAGCAGCAGGAAAAGUUCCAGCUCAGCGACGAUGAGGGCGCCUACGUGGUGGGGACGCUGUUCGAGGCUGGCAGCGGUACCACAGCGGCGGCCAUGAUGAGCUUCUGCCUCGCCAUGACCCUGCACCCGGAGUGGCAAGCCCUCGUGUGGGAGGAGGUCGACCGCGUGUGCGGGGACCGCCUGCCCGAUUUUGAGGACAUUCCCCGGCUGCCUGCCGCGCGCGCCGUCAUCAAGGAGGUGAUGCGGUGGCGCCCAGUCACAGCCGGAGGGGUGCCGCACCUGCUGACCCGCGACGACGUCUACGAGGGAUACUUCGUUCCCGGAGGCUCCGUCGUCCACGCCAACCAGUGGGCGAUCCACCGCGAGAGCGCCCUGUAUCCCGAGCCCGACCGCUACAACCCACGACGGUGGCUGUCGCCCGAGUAUCCCACAUACCGCGAGCCGCUGUCCAAGUUCCCCAACCUCCAGAACUAUUCCUCCUUCGGCUUUGGUCGCCGGAUCUGUCCGGGCAUGAGUAUCGCCGAACGCUCGCUCCACAUCUUGACUGCGAGGAUACUGUGGGCGGGCAAGUUCGCGAAGAAGAAAGACGCCGCUGGGAGGGAGAUCGACGUGCCGGAUUAUGACUACGUGAGCGGGUUUAAUACGCAACCAAAGCCGUUCCCGUUCGAACUGGAACCAAGAGACCCCAGGAGAAUGGCUAUUUUGGAGGAGGCAUGGAGAAAGGCCCAAGAGGAGGAUCCGUUGACGACAUGAUGGCACGGGGCUAUCUUGACAUGAUUACCAUGGGAAGAAUGACACCUCAAUCUGUGGAGCUUGAGCACACGGAGUAGCAGCCAUGGAAGGUGAC